UCAACCCCCGCCAGAAAAAAGAAACUUUCUUAUUGAAUUACUGCCCGUUCGUUCGCUGAAAAUUCGAAGGAGAGAAGAGAAAGAACAGAGAGAAGUUCAUUUUGGUUGCUCCGUCGAGGUUUUGCCCUUUCGGGUUGGCGUAUUCAACCGCGGAAAUGGCGUCCUGGGCGGCUCAAAUCCACAGCCUGGGUCUAGCUCGAACUGGGUCGUCUUGAAAAACCCCCAAGAAAGCGAAUCGCCGAUCAAGUUCGUUGUUUUUCGGGGAGUCUCUGGAUUCAAGAAAGCUCUCGUUCUUGAAGCACAGCGCCAAAGGCCCGAAUAGGUGGCGGCGAUGGAGGGAGGGAAGCCCGCCAUUGUGACCAACGCCGAAGGGCAUAGGACCACACCCUCCGUGGUCGCGUACACGAACAGCGGUGACCGGCUCGUUGGGCAGAUAGCGAAGCGGUCAGGCCAGAUCAUCUCUAUCCUCUCCCCUCUUAUAAAUUCGAAGAAGAAGAAAGUCCUUUCGACUUUUAUGUAUUAGAAAUUGUAAAUUUUCUAAUAUUUUAUUUAAUGAUAUAGGUUUAGUUUCACCACUAGAUAAAAUUUAUUUACAAAUAAAAAUUAUACUAACAGAAAUAUAAUCUAUUAACACCAAUUGAUGAUUAAUGCAAUGUGACUAAUGUAGAUUACAAGUUUAUAAUACUGCACACACGCACGUGUGCACGCAUAUACAUAUACAUAUAUAUGGAUAGUCAUGAAGCUGGAGGGUUUGAUAACUUCAAGGGUUUCUGGCAGUCUGUAUCUUGUUUUUGAAUAUAUGGACCAUGAUCUUGCUGGCCUCGCUGCCACUCCGAGUAUAAGGUUCACUGAAUCUCAGAUCAAGUGUUACAUGCAACAACUACUUCGUGGACUUGACUAUUGCCACAGCCAUGGUGUUCUACACCGUGACAUCAAAGGCUCUAACUUGUUAGUCGACAACAAUGGCAAUCUCAAAAUUGGAGAUUUUGGAUUGGCAACUUUUUUCUGGACCAAUCAAAAGCAGCCUCUAACAAGUCGCGUAGUCACUCUCUGGUACCGACCUCCUGAGCUGUUGCUUGGUUCUUCAGAUUAUGGAGCUUCUGUGGAUUUGUGGAGUUCUGGUUGCAUCCUAGCUGAAUUGUUUGCUGGGAAGCCCAUAAUGCCUGGAAGAACAGAGGUGGAGCAAUUGCACAAAAUUUUCAAACUUUGUGGGUCUCCGUCAGAAGAAUAUUGGAAGAAGUCAAAAUUGCCACAUGCAACCAUUUUCAAGCCUCAGCAACCUUACAUGCGCUGUCUCCUGGAGACAUUUAAGGAUUUUCCUUCAUCUGCAUUGGGCCUGCUAGAUGUUCUUCUUGCAGUUGAACCAGAAUGCCGUGGAACGGCUUCCUCAGCCCUUCGGAAUGAGUUCUUCACAUCCAAUCCUCUUCCAAGUGAUCCGUCAAGUUUGCCAAAGUAUCCAUCAAGCAAGGAGUUUGAUGCCAGACUUCGAGAUGAGGAAGCCAGAAAGCGUAAAAGCUACUGCCGGUAAAGCUCGUGGUCUUGAAUCAAUUAGAAAGGGUUUGAAAGAGUCUAAAGUUGUGCCUACGUGAAGUGCCAAUGCUGAUUUAAAGGCAUCCAUCCAGAAGCGACGAGAGCAAUCGAAUCCCAGAAGUACUGGUGAGAAACCAGGAGGAACGACCCAGAACAAUUUCAUUCUAUCUGGACAAUCAGCACAACCCAGUCUUAAUGGAUCAACACAAAUUGGAAAUGCAAAUGAGGUUGAGGC